AUGGUCGCUGACAAUCUAGCAGCACAUAUGAUAGGUGGUUUUCAAUCAUCCUUUAGUACUGGAUACUUCUGUCGUAGAUGUUUAAUCAAUUAUGAUGAUAGAAGUUUACCAAUCUUAUUGAACAACGUUAAUACCAGAACUACUAUUGAUCAUGAUAUGUUUGUUACAGAAUUGAUUCGUCAACCAGAUAAAUCGCCGUUGAUGGGUGUUACCGGUCCAAGUAUACUUCAAAAUUUGAUUGGGUUCCAUCCGAUCAUGUCAUUACCAGGUGAUGUAAUGCACGAUUUCAUAGAAGGUGUUUGUCCAAUGAUAAUAAUGGCGAUGCUGAAACAAGCAUCAACGAUGCGUCUUAGGACUUAUGAAUACGAUGUUGAUGGUCCAACGCUCAAGUUGAUGGAUAGCAUCGAGAAGAUAACAAUUGUAAUACCAAAAUUUAAACACCAACUUCUCUUUUUAAAAGAACGUGAAAAAUUAUUCAAUAAAAUCAGUAAUAAUUUGAUUCAAUCCAUUGAUUCAACAUCAGCAUCUUCAACAAAUCUGAAUGUAUCUUCUUCUUCUUCUACUACUACUACUACUUCGGAAUCAAGAACAUUAGAUGUUUCGGAAGAAUCAAUGAAUAACAGUACAUCUGCAUCUAAUGAAUCAUUUAUUGCAAGAGAGCUGAACGCAUCAUUUCCUGAUAAAUAUGUAAUUCCACCUAUGCCGAAUGCUUUACUGAAAGACAUACAAGACGGUGCAUUAAAUAAGUUUGGUCCACAUUGUUCCAACCGUCAAAUUUUAAUUGAAUCCAUUGCUCAUGAUUUGAUUUCUAAGCAUGGAAUGUUGUAA